AUGUUCCAAAACAACAUUUUCUCUUACUCUCUUACCUUGCAAGAUGAGCCAGAUUCGACACCAGACAAAGAAGACGCACUCCCUUCUCCACGGCCACGGCGCUACUCACAAAAAGCCAUCUUCACCACCGCCAUAAUAGCACUCAUCUCAAUACUAUGUUUCGCAUUUGCCGUCUUCGAAAUGCUCCAACUCACUUCACCCGCCCUCCUAUCUCCGGAUAGUUUCUUUCCUGACUUCCCAAGCGUAAAGAUGAAAUUCGUAGAAGGCGAAGACAACGACUUCAUGCGCUUCGAUGAAGUAGGCGACGCGGCGUGGAACGGGAUGAUUCCAAGUACUCUCUAUCUAAUCUCACCACCUCACAAGUACCUUUCACUGACUGCUGAAUCAGAUGGUGCCGGAUACGUCAAAGUAGACCGUCCAAGGCGGUACGACAUGGAAUCCAGCGUUCCUUACGGCCUGGGCAACGAAGACGCAGAAGUCUACCAAGCCUCCGUAGUCCACCAACUUCACUGCCUCGUACAUCCCCUCCUCCCACCCCCCAUUCCCACCUUCUGA